AUGUCAUUUGGGAUUCAACGGCAACCGAAAAAGAAGAAGAAGAAGGAAGAGAAGAACCCACCACCACCAAUCGCUGUCGCCCCGUGGCCACCUCAGAUUCAAUCGCCGUCGCCGUCACCACCUCUGCCGUCGCUCCUCAAGGAAAUGAAUAGUGUGGGUUAUAGUUCUAGUGAUGGGAAUACUAGUAAUAAUAAUGAUGGAGAGAAUGAGGAGAAUGAUAAUGCUCCUUUAUGA